GUGAUCAGAGUUACAGAGUAUUAGUGUUUUGUGGUAUCAGUGUUCUGUGGUGUUAGUCAUGUCAUGUCAAAAAAAAGACAAAAUGUAAAUUGCUAUAAAUUCGUAAUUCCAAUACAAAUUUUUCAACACAUAAUUACAGUUUAGAAAACAAAUGAUAUCGGUCAGUAGUUAAAACACGUGCAUCUUUUGAUCAGUGAAUCUCAGUGUAGAAUUAUCUGUCUCCAUCUCCACCAAGUGUUUAUUCUAAACUGUGGGGUUUGGCCGUUCGCCCAAUUGGAAUUUGGGCGUCGGUUGGGCUGGGCGUCAUACGAAGAAAUGGAUUUCAAAAUGCAUGAGUAUACUCAUGCCAUAGUUGGAAAGUUACUACCAGAACUUCGAGUUACGGAUAAAGCAGACUUGAACGACGCUCGGCGUCAGUACGACAAUUACUUGCGAUUACUCAGAGAGCUAAAUCUCGAACUGAUAGAUAUAGAAACGGAUGCAUUUUUCCCUGAAAACAUAGUAUUCGAAGAUUUGGUGAUUGUGUGCCACGGCAUCGCUCUGUUCCCGCGUCCAAUUUCUGCUACAGAGGAAAUUAUUAUGGAUGCCCUCAAAGAAGUGUUGCAAAAAGACCUUGGACAAACAAUUAUUGAUAUCACAGACCCUGAAGCUAAACUUGCUGGUUCAGAUGUACUGUUCACUGGGAGGGAGUUCUUUGUUGGCAUUUCCGAAACCAGCAAUGAAGCAGGUGCCAGUGCAUUAGCAGAUGCAUUCCCUGAGUUUCCUUGCACACCUAUUAAGGUUUCCAAAGGUGUGCGACACUUAAAACGAUACAUCAGCACUGCUGGCCCAGACAUACUGUGCGUGUCUGCGAGCAAAGAAGCUAAGGAAAUGCUGAAGAGGAUUGAGAAUGGGGCCACGUUCACGUACCAGACCCUCACUGUCCCAGAGAAUGGAGCGGCCAACUGCUUAUAUGUGAAUAAUACGCUCAUACAUCGUGCUAUUGAAGAAAUACCGCAGUCAUUCAAGGUGUUCUGCGAGAAAAUCGACUUCGCGAGGCGUUCGAUCUGUUUCACAGCGCUCGCCAGAGUGUCUACGGGACUGACGGCCUGCUGCCUUCUUGUGAGGAAAGCUUAAGCGUGUCACUAAUGUCACACUAUCACAUUGUCACACUGACAUAUUUGUCACACUAUGAUAUAUAUGUCACACUUGACAUAUUGUUCACACUAUGAUAUGUAUGUCACACUUGACAUGUUUGUCACACUAUGACGUCAUGACUCGAUACAGGGCGAUGAUAAUCUAUUUUCUUUAUUUUUAUUAUGAUCUUACGUUGUUAUUUCGUGCAUUCCAUAUAUAGUCUGAUUUACAAUUUGUAAUCGUAAUUUUCAAUUUACAAAAUGUUGUAUUCAAAUACAUUCUACCGUACUAUGACAUUACAGUGUAUCUACAGAUACAGUGUUUCCUUUCAACAGUUUCGGCACUGAGAAAUGCAUUCAUAGAGUACAUAUACUGUAUCUACCAAUAAGGGACACAAGGAGGUCAAGCUUGAUGUUUUAAAAGUGCUUGUAAAUUAAGCCUAAUUAAAAUUAAUUAAUUUCGAUGUUUUUGGAUACAGUGUUUUGACAUAGUAUGGUAAUGAUAGUUUUACUAUUAGUCUAUAUUCUAUACAAACCUUUACAAAUUAGAAUACAUCACACAUACAUUUAGGAGUAGGUAGGUUUCUAAAUUUAUUUUAGGAGUAUGCCUACUAUAAUUAUAUUUAAUAAAACUUAUCCAUAAAAAAUAUUUAACUGACGACUUUGCUGACGCAGAUGGUAAUUAAUAUUUUGGUUUACAAACAGAAAUAUCCUGGAAAUUAUUGUAUGCUUUGACGAUUUUUAGUUUUCAAAUUCGCUUAGGUCUGGUUUGUCUAUGGUCGUCCUAACUGAAUUACUCGUAGCUCGUAACGAAUUGCUUUAUUGAAUUUACGAUUUGUUUAAAUUCAUAGUGUUAUUGUUGUCUUGUGUCCAAAUGUUAUUAUUUAUUUGUUUUAAAAUGGUUGUGACACACUACUUAGCGCAUAAUGUUGUAUUUACUGUCGCCGCACAACAGGGCCUUGCGCCGUCUGAUAAGUGUUUGAUAGCUUAUUUACAUGUUUUUUCUUUGUUAUUUUACAUAAAGUAAAAAAAAAUACCGGUCAACUUGUGUACCUAUUCCUUUUUGAAGUCGGUUAAAAAGUAACAAAACUUAAAGUGAGACUAUCCAAUACUUAUCAGAAGGUUGUCAACCGGCUCUUAAUCUGUUUUGUGAAAUUUACUUCAUAAUUAAUUUGUUGAGAUAUGUUACUCAGUUUACCAGUUUAGCAUGCUAUGAUACUCUAAAAUCGGAAGCAGGGUUUCCCAAACAAUAUUCAUCAGCACAUUUUCAUGACCCACUAUAUGCCCAGGCCUCUUCUUACAGAGACAAGAUUUGAACCACCACCACGCUGCCCCAAUGUGGGUUCGCGGGCUUGGGUGAUAAAUUCAUUAUCUACCACUAUCAAAUCGAUGAUCUUCGUCUUACUCAUGUUCAUUUUAAGGCCCACACGUUGAGAAACUGCUGAGAUGUCUAAUAUGUCAAAUGAAAACUCAUUUUAUGCUUAAUUUAACUGGUUACUGGCUUAAGGUUGCCUUUGAUCUAGUUCAUGGUUUCCUAGAUUUUGUAUGAAGAAUGUGCCUGGGCGCAAUUUAACUAGGCAAUCUAUAUGCUAUGUGUCAAUGUAAAUAUAUUUUCUAUCAUUUAUUUGCUAUCCCAAAUAAAUAACAAAUGAGGGUAUAUAUUUGAAAUGCUGGAUAUUACACCACUUGGAGUAGGAGGAGUGCUACGAUCUCUGUAUAGUCUAACUAAACCAUUGUAAUAUGACACAAAAUAAUUUGUCUCAUAUAACACAAAAUAAUUUGUCUCAUACAAAUGUAUAAUAAUCAACUAAACAAAGCCCAUUGUUUAGGAAAUCCUGCUCUGACGCCGGAAUAGACAAAAACUAUUUUUUUCAUGUUUUGCCUCUUCUUUCCAACAUUCCAAGACUGAACGUUUGCAUUUAGUUUUAAUGAAAAAAUAAGACAAAAUAAAUAAUUUGUGUUGUUGUUUGUAUGAAAUGGUGACAAAUACAACGCACUGCAGUACUAUGACAUUACACCGUAUCUUUAGAUCCAGUGUUGUAACACACAUUUACUGGAAGAGUCGUACAUAUAUUUUAAAGUAUGUUGAAAGAGUAAAACUUGAUGUUAUGAAAAAAGCACUUAUAAAUUAAGCCUACUCGAAAUAAAUGAAUUUCGAUUUAUAUAUUAUAUUUUUUUUUUAAUCUUGAAAAGGAAACUGGAAAGUGCUUUAAAAGUAUACAGCUAAUAGGUAAUAGAGGUCUGAAAUUAAAAAGAUGUGACUACGAAAAUGGAUAUUGUUUAGAUACAGUGUUUUGUCAUGGUACGACAGAGCGUUGCGUCACAUAAGCGGUGGUCCUUAUAAUUUCGAUUUGAAGGCAGAUUUCAUAGCCACUGAGAUAUUAUGUCUCAUAUAUAUUUUAUAAUAUUUCCAUCAUGAUCUAUAGUGCAUAGGAUAUAGACACAAAAGAGUAGAAAAUAAAUGAGGGCGCUGUAGUCACUUAUGUCGUUCUUAUGGUAACACUGUAUUCUGUCAACCACUUAGGCUGCAACUUGUUAAUAAUUGAUAUUUUAUUGUAUACGCAUAUAAUAAUAUUAUGUUCUUAUUUUAAAUAAGAUGAUCGGUUGAAAAUAAUAUUACUAUCUAAUAAAUUAUAUUCGUAACUCGUUAUAUCCCUAUUUAGCCCCGAGCAUCAUGGUAUGAGUACUAAGAUAGCUAAUUUCAUGAUAUACAUUUAUUAAAUUUAAAAGAAAGUAAAUCUUAUUUAAAUAUUUUUUGUAAUUCGUCUGGUAAUUAUCAAUAUUGAUGGGUUGCUCUAUAAUGACAGAUCGUUUUGAAAAUGACAAUAAAUUUGGUGUGGCCACACAGCGAGUUUAUUAGUUGAAUUUUUACUAACUUCUACUCUUUUAUGUCGCUCUAUACAGUUUAAUAUGGUAGGGUUCAGAGUGACCAUCCAACUUCUAAACUGCUAUUUAGAAUUUCUUGAAGGGCAACCCUAAUAUUUUGAAGCCCGACUCGGAACUCGAUCCCUAACUGAUCGAUCCUUUUUCAUAGAAGAUCCUGAUUGCUUCUAUUGCUUAGGUGGUAAACUAUAGACUCAACGUAGUUCGCACUAGUGCUGUAACUAUUCCUUACAUUUCCAUUUACUUUAUACUUUUUGGCUGAUAUAAAACUUAGUUUACACUUAGUUUUAGGGAGUCAGUUAUUUUUUGUAAUAGUUCGUAAGUUCUGCCACAAUAUAACUUAAUAAAUAUUACAAUUAAUAUUUAUUUAAAUUUAUCUCAAUAAGCAUAAUAUUGUAUCAUUAUUGUUUUAAUCUCUCAUUUAUUUAUUUGUAAUUUUUAGUAGUUUUUAACAAUUAUAAUAAAAUACAUUAUUAUGAUUGUUGUGUACAUAAUAAUAUCGUAUCUGCUAUAAAUUUUAUUGCUUUCUCUGACAUCUUAACUCUAUUCGGUGCAAUAAUAAUGCACAUAAACACAGUGUGUAUGUAUACGUAUGUACAUCAUUAUUGCUUGCUUGUUGCUUGUGAAUUGUCUUAACCCAAAAACGGGGUCACACUAAAACAUUUUUGAAAUUAACUACUACUUCUCGAAACAUUACUACGAAUCAUUUUGAUCGAAUAUUUGACGAAUUUUACGCUUAUUGGAUCCGCAAUAUUAGAGUUGCAGUAAUUUAAUAUUUAUUAUAAUUACUUAUAAUUUUUUAUACAUAAUUAAUAUUAUUAAAUUUUUAAUAUAAAAACGAAUGACUUCAUAAUAAGUUUAUUUAUUUAAUUUUAAUACAAUUAUUUUAUAUACUUUUUUAUGCUAAACAUCACUCAAAUAUCACAUAGAAUUUGUUACAAUUUAUUUUUAAGUUAAAUUUUAUUUUACCUGGUUGCUUAUUUGAAUUCAGUUAGAUUUAUAAACCUCAACAUGUUCAGUUUUUAAAUCAAAUUGUGUGCCGUUUCACUCUAUUUUAUAUAAUUUCUUGCCUCUAUGUUCAUUUAGCUGACAAUAAAACUUUACAAAAACCACGAGAAAACAUUCAAUGUCUGACAUAACAAAAACGGUAAAUUUAAAGAACUCGCUUGAUAGGAAUAAUAAUAAUACAAUUUUUUAUUUUUUUUUAUAUUCAUAACACACAUGAAUAUUUAUUGAUAAGUAUAUCACAAUUUAAUUAAUCAUUAUUAAUUAAUUAUACAUGCUACGCCCUGACCUGGUCUCGCGUCAAGCAAAUGUAUCUUUAUAUGUUAUGUGCAUGAGUACAAUUAAUAAGAAUAUUAUAAUAUAAGUCUACCUAGUAGAAAUAAAAAUAAAUAAAUUGAUGUUAAAUGUAUUAAAAUCCAAAUUCGAUUGUAAGUGUUUGAUCAUGUUGUGUGAGAUCUGAGAUUAGUGAUUAAUUUACUCUGCAGCAAUAAUUCUAAUUUAUUAUAAAUAAUAAAUUCGUUAACGAAUGUCGCUUUUGUAGAAUUAUUUAUUAUUGAAUAGGAGCAGGCGUUACUUGUGACUGAAGUUCAUUAUAAAUAAUGAACAGUUUAUUUGUUUUAUACUGCUAUUCUCCGCAAAAAAAAAAACGAAGAAUUCAAACAGAAAGUACAAUUGAAAUUUGUAGAGUUCUUGACGGAGUGUAGUAAAAUAAAUCAGUUAUUCAGUGAAAUGUUUAUUAUAUUUUAAAAUUGUUAAAUGUUUGUUAACUAUUCUAUUAUAGAAUCGAUUUAUGGAAUUUCUAAGAUGCCCAAAUGCUUUUGAGUUAGUUAACGCACACGUCAAUGUUGACAUGAAUGCUGCAUGUGACAUUACACUGUAUCUUCAGAUACUGUUAAAAAGAUCAUAAAAAUAUUUCACUAACAUGAAAGUAAUCCCUACUAUGGUUUGCAUAGUCAAUUUCACAUUGUAUUAAUAAAUAUUUUAGUAAGAGAUAAGCCAUAAGAAAUAUAUAUAUCAUCUGUUAUUUAAUUGGGAUAAAAAAUAAAUGAUAGAACAUAUUCACAUUGACAGAUUGUACAUAGGUUGCCUAGUUAAAUUACGACCGAUUAACAUGAUAAUAAAGGAUUAAAUUUAUAAUUAAAUGUACAUAAAGUCAAUUUAAGUUUACUUCCCUCAGUGGUUAGUUUAAUAAAAAUCGUACAUUAGUUAAAAUAACAUUCCCUACAACAUUCAAAAGGGUGAAAAUUGCCUACAUUCACGUUGCUAUAAUGGGGUUGCCAGAUAUAAACAGUUUAGUAAUGUUAUUUGUAUACCCUCAUCAGUUAUUUAGUCGUCAAAUGAAAACGUAUAUUACGCUUAAUUUAAUGUAUUAAGUUAACUUUGAUCUAGUACAUGGUGUCCUAGGUUUUAUAUGUAAAAUGUGUUUGGCCGCAAUUUAAUUUACAAUGUGCCACUGUGAAUGUUAUCUAUCAUUUAUUUCAUAUCACUAAUAAAUAACAGAUUAUGGUAUAUAUUUCUAAUGCCGGAUGCUUAGACUAUUGAUAAAUGUCAGUAUUUCCCUAUGUUUAGAGCACAAAGUAUGCUUCAAGCUGUCACGUAUUAACCACGCACUUAAUUCAAAUAGUCAUAUCUUAAAUAGGGAUGAUGACUGUUUUUUAAAUUGUAUAUAAAAUAGGAGUAUGCUAAUGGUAAAGCAAUUUUGUAAAAGUAACAGGGGAACUUGCGAUCAGUACUUUCGGAGCUUCAGGGAUUUAAAAGGUCACAUUUGCGACACUGCCACGGAUCCCUGAAAAACGCCCCAUACAAAAUGGUACGAAUUAAAGACGUAGGUCAUAAUGAUCGUUAGAUUUGUAUUGGCGUUCAAACAGAGUUACUAAUAUCUUUGUUAUUUGUGCGUUCAUAUUUAUAGUUAAUUUAUUGAAAAAUGUCACAUUAAAUGUAAGGAGGGUAAAACUGUAUGAGAAUUUUCAUAAAAUUACGAUAAAAGAUUUUCAAUAGAUUAAUUUAGUUUUCUUAUUUAUUUUGCAAAUAUCUAGACAAUCUUUGCUUUUUAUGUAUAAAUGUAUCAUAAAAAUCAAUAUGUUUAAACCUAGUCAUCAUCCCCAUUAGCCGUAUUUAUUAUGUAUUGUGUAAGAUUAAAACUGUAUUAUUGUGUAUUCUAUAAAGAAUUAAAUUUUUAAAAGGAUAUUAAAGAAUACGUCAUCAAGAUAUUAUGGGAAAGGAGUCGGUGGUGGGUAGAUCUUUGCAAUUUUAUUGAAAACUGAAAACGUGUUAUCUUGAACGUGGUUGAAGGGUUGCAUGUUUCAAGGGUCUGACCCUCAGUUGUACUAGUAUAAGGUAAUAUUUUUACGUGAUAUAAAUCGAUGGAUACACGCACGAAAGUGUCCCGUUCCACUAUUUGCUAAAGAUAAGCUUUCGGUGAAAUUAUCACCUUUGGGUUGAUUUCCUGUCUAGAAUAAUAAUAAAUUGUAUUUUUCGCCUUAAAUAGAGGGUAUUGAAUUGAGUAACAUGACAUCUCACAAUUUAAUAUAUCGCCAUCUAGCGGGACUAUGUGAGUUUGCAAAAAGCAAAAGAAAAAGUUAGUAGAACGGUGUAGUUUAAUAAUAUGAUACUAGAUGGCACAAAAAUUAGUUGAAUAGUGGGCAAUAUUUUUUCAAAAACGUUCUUGUGUAUAUUAUAUACAUAAAAGGCGAUUCCAAGUUUCAGUAUUUCAGUGUUUGAAAAAUAACUUAAUUUCCUUAAUUUUGAGUUGAAAGUUGUAUAUUCUAUACAACUUAUUUUUUAUCGACACAGAAAGCAAUGUAUUUUUCCAAAAACUCCCAUUUGUCACUGGUGGCGACGGAUAGUAAAAGAAUGCAUGUGAAUGAUGUGCGUAUGUUGGGAUGGAUUGGAUGUGUAGUGUGAGUACAGUAUAAAAAAUAAUCAAAAAUUAUAACCGUAGUCGGGUUAUACCCACACCUAAAAGGGCGAAACAAGAAAAUAUUUCAGAUAGAAAUAGAGAAAUGAGUAAAAAAGUAAAAUUUUUGAUAAAUUUCAUGUGUUACCCGGGCCUUUACGAAUCUUACGAAUCUUUUGACACGUCAUUCAUUAAAAUCGAUUCAGUAGUUUAGGCGCUACGGUGGAACGCGCGUGCGAGUAUGUAAAUACAUACGUACAUAGACUGCCAAAAUUAUUACCCUUCUUUUUGGCUUCGCCGAAGUCGGGUAUUAAGGAGAGAGUUUGAAAGUGGCGCCAGUGACAUAAAAGUUGAGGAGUAAAAGGUUAGCUUUGUAUGGAUAUGUAAUGAGGAGGGAUAAAAGGCAUAUUACCAGAAAAAUGUUGAAAUUGUUAGUAGAAACACAAGAGGGGAGGAAGGCAAAAGAAGUGGUUGAAGUGUUUAGAGGACAUGUUUAAACGGAGUAGUUGACAAGUGACGAGUAGGUACCUAAUAGAAGCGAAUGAAACCGAUCGACAUAUUUUGACGACCCACUUAUGUGGGAUAAGGUAGAGAUGGUGAUGACGUCUUUGAAUCUCUUAUUAUGAUUUGUAAUAAAGUAUGAGCCAAACUUGUAGUCCGUUCUGUAGAUACAAACCGCAAACCAUGAGUUUUGUUCACUGCGCCGAUGCCUACAUACCUACGCUUCAUGUUCAGAGCGGGCUCCAUGUUUGGCGCAUACUAUAUUAUGAUCUAUUUUAUUAUCAGCUAAGCUGUCGUAUUUAUAUGAAAUCUACUCGUAUCGUAUUACUAAUGUAUGUUGUAUGUAUUGUAUUGUAGAAUUAUAAUAAAUAAAUGUUUAUUAUGAGUGGCUUAA